AUGAGUGGCGCCAGCGGCUCAAACGUUGAACUUGCAUCGGAUGGCGUGGUGGAGAGAUUUACCGAAGCCGUAAAACAACACCCCUGUGUGUACGACACUAAGCGACUCGAUUUCAGGGACCAACAGCGCAAAGAGAACGUGUGGGAACAGAUACGGCAGAGCAGCGGUCUCUCUACAGGUGAGUUGUGCUCGGCUUCAUUUGCACGUUUCUCGGCCGAAGCAUGCCACUUGCUGCAUGCACCGUACUGUUUGAUCGAUAUUUUUUGUCCCUCCUUUCCGUUUGUAGUUGAAGAAUGCCACAAGUUGUGGAAUAAGCUCCGAGAUCGCUUUACCCGCGAACUCAAAGCAAUCGAGCUCGCAACGAGGAGCGGCAGCGCCUACGUCGCGAGGCAGACGUGGGAGUUUGCCGAUGCAAUGAGCUUCUACAAGAACUGUGGUCGUCCCAGAAAGACUACCUGCAACGUGGGCUCAGGUGCCGUGCCAAAAGGUGAUGACAGCGGCUCAACAGCAGAAGAAAUCUUUAACGCAAUACAAGGUAACUCGUCAGCACCAUCGCCCAUCGCCAAUGCUGAUGACUCGGAGCCUGCAGCAGCUAGUCCUGGUCAACCUGCCAGUCAGGAAGACUUCACAGUGAGCGAGCCACCAUCAAAACGGUCAAAGAAAGGAAGGAGUUGCGACUACUUCGAGGAGCAGCUCCUCUCACAGCUCGGCAAACACGCCACAGAAAACGAGGCUUUCGGGCAGUCUAUUGCCAUGAGCCUUGACAGGAUGCCAACGAGAAUUGCCUCUCGCUUUAAGGUUAAAAUAAUGGAACUCUUAGCAGAAUUUGACCAGUAUGAGGCAGAAUAUUAAGGUAUACUUUUUGAAGCGUAGGUGACAGCAAAUACAUUAUUUGCACUUUGUUUCUUUUGAUAACCUGAAGGACAUUGCAGUUCCUUCUUUUUCUUUCAUUUCCUGCCAUGCAGUGCAGUUUCCUGAUAUCAUUGUGUUCAUGUUCGUAUUGUUUAGUCAGCUGCAGAGCUGUGAUAUAUUUGUUGUUUGACUGUUGACCUGUUUCACUGUGAGUAUUGCAAGUUUCAAUGUAGUUAGUAGUCUCCUGCCUCUUUCACCGCUUCAUUUCUUCGCAAUGCAAGGUGCAAUGCAAUGCAAGGUGCAAUGCGCUUUGUUUCUUUUGGUAACCUGAAGGACAUUGCAGUUCCUUCUUUUUUUUUCAUUUCCUGCCAUGCAGUGCAGUUUCCUGAUAUCAUUGUGUUCAUGUUUCUGUUGUUUUAGUCAGCUGCAUAACUGUGAUAUAUUUGUUGUUUGACUGUUGACUUGUUUCACUGCAAGUAUUGCAAGUUUCAAUGUAGUUAGUAGUCUCCUGCCUCUUUCACCGCUUCAUUUCUUCGCAAUGCAAGGUGUGUGUGAUAUCCUGGUAACUUAAAAGCAUUUUUUUUUUUUCAGCGCAGAAUUAGACAGCACAUAGGAAAGGGACACACGCAGCAGAAAGCCGAGUCCUGUGUUUGUCCUGCUUGUGUUUGUUUCCUACACACUGUCUAAUUUUACGCUGGAAAAUGCUUUCGAAUCACCGAGACCAAAUAGCACAUCUUUAUACUCUUGCAAGUGAUCUCGUGCUUUGAGACUUCUAUUGAUGGCAAACAAAAAGGAAAAGAGGCCCCCUGCUGAAAUUCCACCAUAUGUUUACUCACAGAGCACAUGUUGAUUUAUAUGUCAAAUGCCUUCCGCAAUAUAAUCCUACACACCUUGAUGUGUUCAAACUAAACGUUAUAUACGAAAACAGUUCAAUAACAUGGUACAUGAAACAAGCACACAACUUUAUGUGGUAUGCCUGUACUAGAAGCAGGAACACAAAUGUUACAAGAACCGUCGCAACACGCGUGUUAUAUGUCACUGGUGCAAACCAUGUAUAACUCCUGAACUGACCGAUCACGAGAUUGAUAAAUGAAGUUUCACAUUUUGA